AUGGGGGUACGCAUUGGGGCAUCAGCGAGCGAGUUGAGUACUGUCAUCGCAUACAAUCUCAGUAUAUAUUUGUUGUUCGUCAAAGUUCUAGCCAAGGAACUCUCGAGGUUGGGAUACCUCGGACGGCUGGGGUUGACGUUCAUAAGGGCGAUCCUUGUGGCUCAUCAACCCGGUUUCCCGGGAACUGGCAAGAAAGAAUUUCUACUUAUGCUGGGCAAGUCUCGCCACGUACUAUCGCCACGGGACUCACAGCCGAUCAGAGAGGAAAAGGAUGCCACUGGCAACUUGCAUAAUCGAUUCGCCACAGAUGAGAUGGCGCUAUUUCGCCCCUAA